GUGAGAGAGCGGAGGCGGGGGUGAGGGUUGCCGCCUGUAGUAGUGUUUGUGUCAGUGGCCACUACUGGCUCAGUCCACAGCUGUGAGAGGUUGAGUUUACCCUCUCUCUCACUCACUCUCUUUCACUCUCUCUGGUGUGUUAAAGGAGAGCCAGAAUGGAACGAACGGUGUGUUGUGUUAUUAUGGCCGUAGUGGCGUCCUUCUGCGCCACCACCAGCAUGGCAGCGGAUGACUCCCAGACGGCGGCCUCCCAGAAGGUGUUGGAUAUCUUGAUGAAUCCCGAUCUUUACGACGCAGCCAUCAGGCCCAGCGUUAACGGAAAUCGGACCACAGCUCAGGUGCAGACCUACCUGAGAGACAUAGACAUUGAUGACAUAAACAUGAAAGUCAACUUUGACCUCACGUUCAGAAUGAUCUGGAAUGACUAUCGCCUCCAGUAUAACGAGCCAGGUGUAGACCACGUGACUAUACUAAAACCCACGUUAGCCUGGCUGCCUGACGCCUUCUUCAAAAACGCCAUCACCACCCAGCAAAAGUCAAUCUACCCGGAGAGUUAUCUUAGAGUCUUUCCUAACGGCAAACUCAUAUACAGCACCAGGUUGACACUUAAGCAGAGCUGCCCUAUGGACCUGAGUCGUUUCCCCCACGACACACAGCAGUGCAUGAUCAACGUGGCCAGCUAUGGGUACACAAUUAAAGACCUGGAGUUCACGAUGGCUGAGGACGCUCCUAUUGAUCUCCAGAAGAACCUCCACGCUGACAUGUUCCGCUUCGAGAAUUAUGAGACAGGCCAGUGCAACACUGUAACUGCCACAGGUGAGUACAGCUGCGUGCAGGUGAGCCUCAAGAUCCGACGAGUGUUCGCCCGCUACCUGAUGGAGUGGUACAUCCCCAUCAUCUUCCUUGUUAUUGUCUCCUGGUUCGGCUUCCUCAUCCCCGCCGAGCAGUUCCUGGGUCGUCUCCUCCUCACUCUCAUUCCCCUCAUUACCCUCGCCUCCUUCAACGUGUUCAGGGAGCCACUGGCCUUCGUCCCCUACGUCCGCGCUAUCGACGUCUUCUCGGGCAUCUCCCUGACAAUCAUCUUCGGCACAGUCGUCUACGUCAUCGCCAGCUACAUCAGGGGAAGCAAGGAGGCUGCUCAGAAGAAAUCUGAGAGUCCUGAGGAGGGAGAGCCCAAGUCGACCGUUACUGAAGAGACGUCCGGGGCUCGACGCAUCCUGGCCAUGAUGGUACAGAGAGCAGACUUCCUCUCUCGCCUCGCACUGAUCGGCACAUACUCUGCUUUCCUCUUCGUUUACUUCAUUGCUUACUGCGGUACCGGCUAGACUUCACUCUUACCUCCCUCACCGCAGUCUCUCAACAAAAAAAUUUGCCCACUAUUCAAAUCCUCAACUUAUAGCCAUAAUAACCUCAGCCGUUGGUGGCCAGACGUUAACAACCAUCAACAUCCUCUACAGUCAAGAUACACAUUUUUAGAGGAUGUAAGCUAUUUAGAGUGAGCCUAAUGAACGAUUCUGGGCCUAAGUUAUCAUGACCUAGAGCCACGAGACGUAAACAGACAAAAAAAAAAAAGAAUCCCGAAAAACUUACAAUCAGCGAGGAAAAUAAUAUAAUCAAUAUCGCUGAGUCGGUUCUUGGACGGCAUGAAAAAGAAAAGUUAUGGGCCAACUUCGAAGAUAUAAUCCAUUUAAAAUUUCCUGGCGAAGACGCCCCUUAGCAGCGGAUUGAUUGAUAUAGCUGAAGAAAGGAAUACUACAGCUCUUCCCAAUUUUAAUUAUAUUUCAUCAUAUUUAGUAGUUUAUUUUAUGACCAACCUUUCGCCACUACCUAGAAUAAAUCUAUAACCCCAGGGGACAAGAAAAAUGGAUUACUGAAGAUGUCGACGGUGAAAAUAAUUCAGUUGAAAAAGAAGGGUUAUGAAUUUCUCAGUUACAGAACUGGUUAAUCUCGUCACCAGGAGGCCGAAGUUCACCCAUCACAACUGAGUAUUUAAGUUGGCGACCUUCGCCAGUGCCACCUAAUUAAAAAAAAGACUAUAGUUUCAAGUACAGUAUUGUGAAUCGUUCCAUUUCUACCCAUGUGGUAAUUAGAGGUGAGAGAGCAUAUACAGGUACUGUACUUAGAUACGGUACAACCACAGUGAAAUUUUUGACGCUAUUAUUGUGUGGUAGCUUGAAUGAGUUAAAUAAAUGUUGUUUUUUUUUAACUCAAGCUGAGUGGGAAAUUGAUCGUCCUGGCCAUGGAUAUAGCAAUAAUUACCGAUGUUAAGGUUUGGAUCGCCUUUUAUUAAGUUUAUUCAGUCUUUACUGAUGUGAUAUACAGUAUAUCGUACAACUUACACGAGUAUUGCUGUGUCAAGUAAUAAAAUUCGUCAUAUUUUUAUGUAAAUAUUUCAACAGGAAAUCAUAUACGUUGCAUCCAGUUAGUGUUGCUUACGUGUCGUUGUCUGAACACUGUAUUCUAAAAGGUAGAAAAAUAAUGAUUUCUUUUUAAGAUCUUUCACUACAGAAAAUAAAAAAAAUCAAUGCAUUGGCCGCGCCAUUCUCAGUCUACCAACAUGGCCACAGAUGUCAUGUUUUCCUCCACUAUGUCAUGGAGACAAGGGCUAUUACUUCCAGUGUUAAGUUGGCAGUGGAGAAACUAAUAUUAUCUGAAAGGUUCUUAAAGGUCGUGUCAUAUAAAGAACAUAAUUACUUAACACAAAUAACAAAACAAUCAGUUUUAUGUAAUGUUUGGCACUUUAUAAUAAAAAAAAUUGUACAGGAUAACAGUUGUGUAAGUUUUGAAUCUGAACCAAGAAAAUGAACUGUGUGUUUGUAAAUUAUUAUUAUUUGUAUUACUACAAUUUUGAUUGUUUUUCUGAUAUUAUUAUUAUAAUAAUUAUUUUAUCUUAUGUUGUACCAAUUCUUUUAUUAACUUGUUGUUGUAUAUAAAGUUUUAACCGAGAACCAAUGUGUACAUUGUACCUAUUAUUAACUCUAAUCUUGAUGUUAAAUAUUUCAAAAGUAUAACUUAAAAUUUGUGCACCAGUACAAAUAGUUGCAACUUUUAAUUUUGUUUCAUUUGUUUGAAUGAAAACGUUAAAACUUUUAUAGAAUAAGUAUACAAGACAUUUUAGAAUAUAGUAUAGUGCCCCUUACUCUUUUUUUAUGUAAAAUAAUCGUAUCGAACUUUUGAUAAUAAGAGAACAUAACAUAGUAAUUUGUUUAAAUAAAAUUUGUGAUCAAUAUUCCGAAAUUUUGGCUAAAACCUGAAUAUGGAAUAAAGAGUGACGGACGCUAUGACUGAAUCUUACUGUAUAUUCGAAUGACUUAUAAUACCUCACAGUUACUCUCACAUAGUAUCAGUUCAUUGAUUAAUAUUUCUCUUUUACGUUCUCCAUGUAUUUGUUCAUAGUUUUAGUAAUAUCGUACAAAAAAGUUAAUAACAGCCUAAUGUACGUUCUUAUUUCCUUUUGUAUCAUUAAAACAGUUCUUGAAGAAGGUGUCCUCAGGGUACUCUGAAGCUACUUCACUUAAUGAGAUCUUCGUAUAAAAGCAGCCAUAUUAUUACUGUAUUUUGAGAUGUCCCACUGAAUUUUUAAAUUUCCUACUUAAUGUUGAGUUUUUGUAAAGUCUCUUUUUACAGUAAUAGAAAGUGUAAGCUCAUCGUAGCUACCCUGAGUGACAACUCCCGUGUUUGUUUACAUUGUUGGUCGCGUCACAAAUUAGCCGAUGAUGGCCGCUCAAGUGGAAAUAAAAUACUGAGUAAUUUUA